AUGCCCCGAGUCACCAGCCCCACCUCCGCGGCCGGCGUGGCCUGCACCAGCGACAAGGAAUUCUCCCACCUUGUGCACAAAGAGGGUGUUUUGUUGAGGGCGGUCCCGCGGCCCCGUGAACGUGCGCAGCCCGAGACCCGACCUUUCCCGGCGCAGGUCGUGCAGGGAGCUGUGACCACCACACGCCGCACGAUGAAGAUCGCAGGCCUCGCCCUCUUCGCGAUGGUCUUUGUCUUCGCUUUCUUCGGCUGGCCCACGAACCUCCUGGAGGAUGCAGCCACGCACAGGAGGGUCCUGGCGGCACUGUUCAUCACUGGCAUCACGCUCGUCGCGCUGGAGGACGUGCUCCGGCUGGACAAGUCGGCGAUCAUGCUCGUCCUUGCGUCCGUGAUGUGGACCUACCACGCUGCGGGCAUUCACGCCAGGUCUGCGGAAGGCCACGAGCUUCUGGAGGAGGAGCUGAUGAAAGGGCUCUUCGAGGUCGGAAGCGUCAUCUUAUUUCUGCUGCCAGCCAUGUGUGUGGUUGAGUCCAUCGACCACAUGAACGGCUUCGCCGUGGUCACGGCUUUCAUCGUGCGCCGCACGCAAAACAAGGCUGGGAGGCUGAUGCCCAUCGUCUGCAUCAUCGCCUUCUUCCUCAGCUCGGUGAUCGACAACCUCACCGCCACGAUCGUAUGCAUCAAAAUUCUGCAGCGGGUGGUGCCCCACAACCAGGACUGGCGCCAUAGCUGCGGAGGCGUCGUCGUGGUGGCGGCAAAUGCCGGAGGCGCCUGGAGCCCGAUCGGCGACGUGACCACCACCAUGCUCUGGAUUCAGCACAAAGUCUCCACCGCAGGAAUCAUCACAUGGACCUUCGUUCCUUCCAUGGUGGCUGGCUUCAUUCCCCUCUUCGGCAUCUGGUGGCAGGCCCGGCGGUGUGGGCCGAAGUUGCAGGAAGGCGUGGCGCCGCCAUGCGAAGUGGUUGCGCCGAGCCGGAACAGCAUCAUUGUCCUGCUCGUUGGUUUCGGCUGCAUCCUCAUGGUGCCCGUAGUGAAGAUGGUGACCGGGCUGCCUCCCUACCUGGGCAUGAUGAUGGCGCUGGGCUCCUUCUGGCUCGUGACGGAGAUCUGCGACCUCGGUGCAGAAGUGGCGGCGCGGGACGAAGAGGCACCCGAGGACAAGGAGGGCCCCGCGCACCACUCCCGCCGGGGCGUGCCUGCGGCGCUGCACAAGGUGGACAUCAGCAGUCUGCUGUUUUUCACCGGCGUGCUUCUGGGUGUGGCAGUUCUCGAAGCUGCGCAGGUCCUGAGCCGAUACUCCAAGUUCAUGCGUGAGGUCACCUUGGACAAUGAACUCCUCCUCUCCGGCCUCCUGGGCGUGUCGUCGGCCGUGGUCGACAACGUUCCGCUGGUGCAGGCUUCUAUCGAGAUGUUUGAGGAGCCUGUGGACGAUCCUCUUUGGCAGCUUGUCGCACUGGGGGCCGGCACAGGCGGCUCGAUGCUUGCCGUCGGCAGUGUGGCAGGCGUGACCCUGAUGGGCCUGGAAGGGGUUGGCUUCCUCUGGCAGGGUGGGGGAGCGAAAGUUAUCUUUGUAUCCGAAUUCUCCUUCCUCCACGUCCGCGGGCGGCAAGCGCAGCGUCAAGGUGCCCCCAGGCACAUGUCCUGGAAAAGCGCACCGGAAUACAAGGGACAGUACUCGCAGCAGCAUAGCAAGCGGGUGCAAAAAGUGGCGCUAGAGACGCUUGAGGUCGCCAUGGAGGCGCCUGGCCCGGUGGCGGUGAAGCCGCCGCCCCUGGCGGCUCAGGGGCAGCUCGAGCUUCUGAAGGAAGAGGGUGAUGGUUUUCUGCGGAUUCCUGCGCCGAAGGCAGCCGGACCGCCUCCACCACUCCCAGAGCUGCCGCCGGGGAUAAGCCCCUCAGGUGAGUACGACCAACUUCCCGUGGAGUUCUUCCUCGACGAGGACGUGCAAGGAUUUCCAGAAAUCGGAAAGCUUUCCCGGAAGCCGACAUGA